AUGACCCAAAAGGCACCCAUCUCAGAGAAUGUCUUACAAAUGUACAAGCAAAGGGUACUUGCUCUGGUCUUGUUUGAGGGUGAGAGAUGCACAAACAGGCUGGAGACAGGGAAACGAAAAUCCGUGUGGGUACAUGAAACCCUCAGAAAGAGACGAGACUUUGGAGAGUAUCACCACUUGGUCCAGGAACUUCGCUUAGAUGAUGUCCGGUUCAAGGCUUAUUUUAGGAUGAGUUGGGAACAAUUUGACAACCUGCUGUCAAUCGUCGGGCUAAGCAUCACAAAAAUGAACACCAACUACCGGGAGUCCAUUGGUCCUGCCGAGCGGCUGAGCAUUUGUUUGCGAUUUCUAGCCACAGGAGAUUCAUAUAAAACAAUUGCGUUCAGCUACAGGGUUGGACGCUCUACUGUGAUGGGUAUUGUAAAACAGGUGUGUGAGGCAAUCUGGUUAUGUCUGGUUGAAAAAUACAUGCAAUUUCCUAAAAUGGAGGAGUGGAUGGCAAUUGCGGAAGACUACCAGAAAUUGUGGAAUUUUCCAAAUUGUGUUGGAGCAAUUGAUGGGAAACAUGUCACAAUCCAAGCCCCAGCAAAUAGUGGCUCCCAGUUUCAUAAUUACAAAGGCUCCUUCUCUAUUGUCCUCCUAGCUGUGGUGGAUGCCAGAUAUCGCUUCAGGAUGAUUGAUGUUGGAGCAUUUGGCAAAAGCAGCGAUGGAGGUACUCUUUCCUCUUCAGCCUUUGGCCAGGCACACCGUCAAGAUGCCCUUGACCUCCCACCAGAUGCACCUCUUCCAGGAGCUGAAGGAACCAUGCCCUUUCUUUUUGUGGCUGAUGAGGCAUUUCCUCUGCAGAAGAACAUGAUGAGGCCAUUCCCUGGGCACAACUUGUCACCCGAGCAAAGGAUCUUUAAUUACCGUCUGUCUCGAGCCCGGAGGAUGGUGGAGUGUGCCUUCGGUAUCCUGGCUUCACAGUGGCGACUAUACAGGCAAAUCCUUGCAGGGUCUCCACAGCCUGAGGAACGCCAGGAGGAGAUGGUGUAG